UUUGCCUAGCACAAAGCUGGAAGCUCUAGCCCGAGAUCGACAGAGGUGAAAGAAAAAGCAAACUUUGGAUCCUCCCGAGGAGUCUAGAUUCAACGGCCUUUAAAGGUGAUUCCUGGCACUCUUGAAAGCAGAAGUGAUUAAUCAAGUCACUGGAGACAAACAGCAGAAAUGUGAUUGUCAAAACUAUGGAUAUCGGUUAAACUGUGUUUCACUCAUGUGAAAAUGAGUUCUUCAGUAAGAAGAAAAGGCAAGCCAGGGAAAGGAGGUGGAAAGGGGUCUUCCAGAGGAGGAAGAGGAGGCAGAAGUCAUGCUAGUAAAUCUCAUGGGGGUGGCAGCGGUGGCGGUGGCAUUGGUGGCAAUAGAAAGGCCUCAAGUAGAAUUUGGGAUGAUGGCGAUGACUUUUGUAUCUUCACUGAAUCAAGGCAUUCAUCCAGACCUAGUAACAGUAGCGUGAGAAAAGGGGAUGCACACCCCAAAUGGAAGCCUGAAGCCAAAGCACCCCUUCAGACUCUACAUAUGACUUCUGAGAAUCAAGAAAAAGUGAAAGCUCUUCUCCGAGACCUGCAAGAACAAGAUGCAGAUGCUGGAUCUGAAAGAGGUGUUUCUGGGGAGGAAGAAGAUGAUGAGCCUGAUUAUGAUGAUGAGCAGUACUGGUCAGCUGGACGAGAAGCUUCCCUUGUUCCCGACUCAGAUCCUUUGGAAUGUGCUGGUUCAGGCCUGGUGGAGCCUCAUCAUCCGGAAUUUACAGUCUCAACAUUUGCAGUGCAAAAACUUUCCAGGUAUGGUUUCAACACCGAGCACUGUCAGGUAGCCCUGAGAAUUUGCAAUGGAGACAUGGGGGCAUCACUGGAACAUCUGCUCACCCAGUGUUUUUCAGAGACAUUUGGAGAGAGGAUGAAGGUCUCUGAGGCCGUUGCGCGUAUAAGCUUGGAUGAGUGUGUGGAGCAGCGACAGGAAGAGGCCUUUGCUCUCAAGUCAAUCUGUGGAGAAAAAUUUAUAGAAAGAAUUCAGAACAGAGUCUGGACCAUUGGAUUAGAACUGGGGUAUUUGACGAGUAAAUUCUGCAAAUCCAAGCAAAAGGAAAGUACCAAAAAUAUACAGGAGACGUCACUUGAAAUCUGUAAAUUUUACCUCAAAGGAAGUUGCAAAUUUGGAUCAAAGUGCAAAUUCAAACAUGAAGUGUCCCCAAAUCAAAUUGUUGGAAGAGCAGAAAGAAGUGUAGAUGAUUCUCAUCUAAAUGCUGACGAAGAUGCAUCUUUUUUAUACGAACUUGAAAUUCGAUUUUCUAAAGACCACAAAUACCCCUACCAAGCUCCCCUUGUGGCAUUUUAUUCCACCAAUGAGAAUCUACCUCUGGCUUGUCGUUUACAUAUUUCUGAGUUCCUUUAUGGCAAGGCCUUGACAUUUGCAGAAACUUCAGAACCUGUUGUAUAUUCUUUGAUAACCCUUUUAGAGGAAGAAUCAGAAAUAACCAAGUUACUAACAUAUACCCAUCACAAGUACAGUGUCCCUCCUGUGAACUUUCUGCCAGUAUCCUCUGGGACCAGAAUAAAUAAUCCUGUCUGUCGUAAACCAGUGAUUCCAAGUAAUUCGUUUCUUUCAAAUCAAAUUCCAGAAGAUAGUGACUUUUCCCUGCUGAAGAAAGGGCUCCAUAUCGAAAAUGUUUCCUUUUAUCCCCUUCAAGUUGAAAAGGAAUCAGAGCCUGAGGAGGAGACAGAUGAGGAUGAAGGUCCUGCACCAGUUAUGGUGGAGAAUGAAAGCUAUGUCAACCUUAAGAAAAAGAUUUCCAAAAGAUAUGACUGGCAGGCAAAAUCAGUACAUGCUGAGAAUGUCAAAAUCUGCAAGCAGUUCCGAAUAAAACAGGCCUCCAGACAGUUCCAGUCAAUUCUGCAAGAAAGACAAUUACUCCCUGCUUGGGAAGAAAGAGAAAACAUUCUUAAACUGUUGAGCAAGCACCAAGUGCUUGUUAUAAGUGGUAUGACUGGAUGUGGGAAAACCACACAGAUUCCACAGUUUAUUCUGGAUGAUUCUCUGAACGGACCACCUGAGAAGGUGGCUAACAUCAUCUGUACCCAACCCCGACGAAUCUCUGCGAUCUCUGUCGCCGAACGUGUUGCUAAAGAAAGAGCAGAGAGAGUGGGUCUGACUGUGGGAUACCAGAUCCGGUUAGAAAGUGUCAAGUCCUCAGCCACCAGACUGUUAUACUGCACCACAGGAGUGCUGCUAAGAAGGCUAGAGGGGGACACAGCCCUACAAGGAAUCACCCAUAUCAUUGUUGAUGAAGUCCAUGAGAGGACAGAAGAAAGUGACUUCUUACUGCUAGUUUUGAAAGACAUUGUGUUGCAGAGACCAACUCUUCAAGUUAUUCUGAUGAGUGCAACUUUAAACGCUGAGCUCUUUUCAGAAUAUUUUAAUUCCUGCCCAGUUAUCACUAUACCAGGUCGUACAUUUCCUGUUGAUCAAUUUUUUCUGGAAGAUGCAAUUGCUGUGACAAGGUAUGUGUUGCAGGAUGGGAGCCCAUAUGCGCGCUCCAUGAAACAGAUGUCAAAGGAGAAGCUCAAGGCGAGGCGCAGCAGAACCGCGUUUGAGGAGGUGGAGGAGGACCUGCGCCUCUCUCUGCACCUCCACGAUCCGGAUUCCACCAAAGAUGCCGUGCCAGAUCAACAGUUAGAUUUUAAGCAGCUCCUGGCCCGCUAUAAAGGGGUUAGCAAAUCAGUCAUCAAAACAAUGGCCGUUAUGGAUUUUGAAAAGGUUAAUCUUGAAUUAAUCGAGGCCUUGUUAGAGUGGAUUGUGGAUGGAAAGCACUCCUACCCUCCAGGUGCUAUACUUGUAUUUUUACCGGGACUAGCAGAAAUCAAAAUGCUUUAUGAACAGCUACAGUCUAAUUCUCUAUUCAACAACAGACGUAGUAAUCGAUGUGUUGUUCACCCACUUCAUUCAUCUUUAUCCAGUGAAGAGCAGCAGGCUGUGUUUGUAAAACCUCCUAUCGGUGUAACUAAGAUUAUAAUUUCCACCAACAUUGCUGAGACAUCCAUAACCAUCGAUGAUGUUGUCUAUGUCAUCGAUUCUGGGAAAAUGAAAGAAAAGAGAUAUGAUGCCAGCAAAGGGAUGGAAAGUUUAGAGGAUACUUUUGUCUCUCAAGCCAAUGCCCUGCAAAGAAAAGGUCGAGCAGGUCGUGUUGCAUCUGGGGUCUGCUUCCAUUUAUUCACCAGCCAUCACUUCAGUCACCAGCUUCUAAAGCAGCAGCUACCAGAAAUACAAAGAGUGCCAUUGGAACAGCUCUGUCUAAGAAUUAAAAUUUUAGAGAUGUUUAGCACGCAUAACCUCCAAUCUGUGUUCUCUCGGCUUAUUGAACCCCCGCACACUGAUUCUCUCCGUGCCUCAAAAAUACGAUUACGAGACUUGGGAGCAUUAACUCCAGAUGAAAAACUGACCCCUCUAGGGUAUCACUUGGCUUCUCUGCCCGUAGAUGUCAGAAUCGGAAAACUAAUGCUGUUUGGGUCUAUCUUCCGCUGUUUGGAUCCUGCUCUCACCAUUGCUGCGAGUUUAGCUUUUAAGUCUCCUUUUGUAUCUCCCUGGGAUAAAAAAGAGGAAGCUAACCAGAAAAAGCUAGAAUUUGCAUUUGCAAACAGUGAUUAUCUGGCCCUUCUACGAGCAUAUAAGGGAUGGCAGCUAAGUACGAAAGAAGGUAUGCGUGCAAGUUAUAAUUACUGCAGACAAAACUUCUUGUCAGGAAGAGUUCUUCAGGAAAUGGCCAGCCUCAAACGACAGUUCACGGAACUGUUAUCGGAUAUAGGCUUUGUGAAAGAGGGACUCAGAGCAAGGGAAAUUGAGAAAAGGGCCCAGGGAGGAGGAGAUGGUAUCUUGGAUGCCACAGGAGAAGAGGCUAACUCAAAUGCUGAGAACCCCAAGUUGAUAUCAGCAAUGCUGUGUGCUGCUCUAUAUCCAAAUGUAGUGCAGGUGAAAAGCCCAGAAGGGAAAUUUCAGAAGACCAGUACCGGAGCUGUCAGAAUGCAACCGAAAUCAGAGGAAUUGAAGUUUGUCACCAAGAACGAUGGAUAUGUACACAUUCACCCUUCAUCAGUGAACUACCAGGUCAGACACUUUGACAGCCCCUACCUGCUGUACCAUGAGAAGAUCAAAACUAGUCGGGUGUUCAUCCGAGACUGCAGCAUGGUGUCUGUGUACCCGCUGGUCUUGUUCGGAGGAGGACAAGUGAAUGUGCAGCUCCACAGGGGAGAGUUCAUUGUCUCCUUGGAUGAUGGCUGGAUCCGUUUUGCAGCAGCUUCACAUCAGGUGGCUGAAUUAGUAAAGGAACUUCGCUGCGAACUUGACCAGCUUCUCCAGGAUAAGAUAAAAAACCCAAGCAUAGAUCUGUGUACCUGUCCUCGAGGGUCACGGAUCAUCAGCAUGAUUGUGAAACUUGUCACCACACAAUAAAGACCAGGCUCGGGAGAGUGCUUGCUACUCACCUGCUUGCUCAGCUGGGAAAUGACGGCAGCACCUCUACCUCGAGCUGCAGCUCCGCGAUGGGGCUGCCCUGGUGAAGGAGCCCAGGGCAGGCACUGCCAAGUCAGCUGAGGCGACGCACACCUUUAGGGAAAUUUUCCACACUAAGUAUUUCUAACCAAGCAGUGGGCAUUCCCAGCACAAUUUGGAGUGUCGGUGUGAGUUCGAAAACCAACUUGCCUGUAUUUUUCUCUCUGACUGCCCUGGAAUGAAUGAAAUUCAUCUGAUUAACAGGAAAGUGAAUAUUUAAUACAAUUCUGUUUUAAUCUAUGUAUUAUUUUUCUCCUGCUUUUUACUGGGGUGAGAUAAGGGCAUGAGGAGAAAUAUCAAUUGUUUUUUUUCUGUCAUAAAGGCUCAACUGAAAGAAGUCAGAACAGAGAAGGAAAAAAAAUCAUGUGAGCAAGAAAAAUUAAAAUUUCAUUUCGGCUAUAGGCCAUUACAUAAACUUCAUUCGUGAGGGAUUUUUACUCAUUAAAGUUCAGCUUAAAAAAACCAAACAUAAUGAGCACUUAUUUGUUAUCAGAAUGUGAGCUGGUUUUAUCCAUAACACACUUUUCUUUUUUUAAAUAAAUUUAUUUAUUUAUUUUUGGCUGA